GGCGGGUGCGGGACUGGGCAUGCUCGGUAGCGGCGGCGGCGCAGCCUCUCGUCACAAGUAGGGGGAAGCCAGUACGCGACACCGGCGCGGGGGAGCGAGGCAGUGGCCUCGCCGCGCUUGGGGUCCGCGGCCGCCUCGGCGCGGGAGCAGCGGGCGAGGGCGCGGACGCCGGGCCGGGAGCCUCGGGCCCCCGCCUCUGCCCCGGCCCGGCCCAGCCCGUCCCCUGGCGGCGGGUCCCCCGCGCCAGAGGACCGAGGGCGGCCCGCGGCUCUCGCGGGGCCGCCGGGGCCAUGGGGCUGCUGUCCCAGGGCUCGCCGCUGAACUGGGAGGAGACCCGGCGCCACGCCGACCACGUGCGGCGGCACGGCAUCCUGCAGUUCCUGCACAUCUACCACGCCGUCAAGGACCGGCAGAAGGACGUGCUCAAGUGGGGCGACGAGGUGGAAUACAUGUUGGUAUCUUUUGAUCAUGAAAAUAAGAAGGUCCAGUUGGUCCUGAAUGGAGAAGAUGUUCUUGAAACUCUACAAGAAAAGGGAGAGAGGACAAAUCCCAACCAUCCUACCCUUUGGAGACCGGAGUAUGGGAGUUACAUGAUUGAAGGGACGCCCGGACAGCCCUAUGGAGGGACAAUGUCCGAAUUCAACACGGUGGAGGACAACAUGAGGAAGCGCCGUGAGGAGGCGACUUCGGUGUUAGCGGAGAACCAGGCGCUUUGCACAAUAACUUCAUUUCCCAGAUUAGGCUGUCCUGGGUUCACUCUGCCCAUGUAUAAACCCAGACCAGUCGAAGAAGGAGCAUCGAAGUCUCUCUUCUUCCCAGAUGAAGCAAUAAACAAGCACCCUCGCUUCAGUACCCUGACCAGAAAUAUCCGGCACAGGAGAGGGGAGAAGGUUGUCAUCAACGUACCAAUAUUCAGGGACAAGAACACACCGUCCCCCUUCGUAGAAACGUUCCCUGAGGACAACGAGGCUGCACGGGCUGCUAAGCCGGAUCACAUUUACAUGGAUGCCAUGGGGUUCGGGAUGGGCAACUGCUGCCUGCAGGUGACGUUCCAAGCCUGCAGCAUAUCUGAGGCCAGUUACCUUUACGAUCAGUUGGCCACUAUUUGUCCGAUUGUUAUGGCGUUGAGUGCUGCAUCUCCUUUUUACCGAGGCUACGUCUCCGACAUUGAUUGUCGCUGGGGAGUGAUCUCCGCAUCCGUAGACGACAGAACUCGGGAGGAGAGAGGACUGGAGCCACUGAAGAACAAUAAGUACCGGAUCAGUAAGUCCCGAUACGACUCAAUAGACAGCUACUUAUCUAAGUGUGGGGAGAAGUACAACGACAUCGACCUGACCAUAGAUAAAGGGAUCUAUGAGCAGCUGGUGCAGAACGGCAUCGAUCACCUCCUGGCACAGCACGUGGCUCACCUCUUCAUCAGAGACCCCCUGACACUGUUCAAGGAGAAGAUCGACCUGGAUGAUGCCAACGAGUCCGACCAUUUCGAGAAUAUUCAGUCCACAAAUUGGCAGACCAUGAGAUUUAAGCCCCCACCCCCAAACUCUGACAUCGGCUGGAGAGUGGAGUUCCGCCCCAUGGAGGUGCAGCUGACAGACUUCGAGAACUCCGCCUAUGUGGUGUUUGUGGUGCUGCUCACCAGAGUGAUCCUCUCGUACAAGUUGGAUUUCCUUAUCCCUCUCUCGAAGGUUGAUGAAAACAUGAAAGUGGCUCAGAAACGAAACGCCGUCUUGCAGGAAAUGUUUUAUUUCAGGAAGGAUAUUAGCAAAGGUGGCAAUGCUGUGAUGGAUGGCUGUAGCAUGGUGGCUGGCGGCAGCAGCAUCUGCUCAGAGCAGGCCUCGGAGGAGUACACGCUCAUGAGCAUCGACACCAUCAUCAACGGGAAGGAGGGCGUUUUUCCCGGACUCAUCCCGAUCCUGAAUUGUUACCUGGAAAACAUGGAGGUGGAUGUGGACACCAGAUGCAGUAUCAUGAACUACCUGAAGCUGAUUAAGAAGAGAGCAUCUGGAGAACUGAUGACAGUUGCCAGGUGGAUGAGAGAAUUUAUUGCAAACCAUCCUGACUACAAGCAAGACAGUGUAAUAACUGAUGAAAUGAACUACAGCCUUAUUUUGAAGUGUAACCAAAUUGCAAAUGAAUUAUGUGAAUGCCCAGAGUUACUAGGAUCAGGAUCAGCGUUUAGGAAAGUGAGGUACAGCGGGAAUAAGACUGACUCCUCCAGUUAGGUGUGUCACAGAGGGGUUCUGCAGAAAGCUGUGUGAUGACCUGAAGAUGGCUGCAGGGCCGACCGGCUAUGCACAGAAUGUGGAGACCAAACGCUAGCCUGCCCGUUGCCAGGCCGGGAGGCCAGCGAGUGAGCUACAGGCCCACUAUAGUAGGUGACUUAGGGUUAUACAGUGUACAUGUACAUAGUAAAGUAUUUUUAUGAUUAACAAUGUAUUUUAAUAUAUCUAAAGUCAUUGUGAACUUAUACAUUUUUUAAUUCUUACUCUGGACAACUACUGUGUAAGCAGUUUUGUAAAUGUAAUGUCCCAGUAAUUGUACAAUACCUGCAUUCCAGAGUUUAAAAUGUUUACUGUAAAUGUUUGUUCCUUUAAACUACCUGGGACCUGGUUCACUGGAACUGACUGCUUUGCUUUAGAAACGUAUCUUGUUAGCUUCCUUCGCAUCUUUGUCGCAUACAUCACCCGCUGGAGUCCUCUGCGGCUCUCCAAGGGCGGUCUUGGAUCACCGGCCCUCAACUACGGUGCUGCUGCUGCGGUUAGAGUGGCUGGCUGCUUGGUCACCUGCCCCCAGCAUCCAUCAUUAAGUGAAGCCCACCAUCUAACAGCUCUCCUGGCCACUAGAUAGGAACUUUCUAUAUUUGUUUGAAUUUUCUGAUUCAAUCAUUAAAUUUAAGGACAAGUCUGUAGAAGGAGAGGAGACCAUUACCCAGAGUUCAUGUGUAAAGAUUGCUGGGGCGGCUGCCUGCCUGCCUUCCACCCUCCCUUCCUCCUCUGAAAAACAGAGAGGAAUUAACUUUUUGUUCUGUAUAUGCCAAGAGUACUGUCAAACGCCAUCGCCUUUCUGUUUGGCCUGUUACUCUGAUUGCUACUGUGUAUUAAAUUUUCAAGUCAAAUGCA